AUGGCAAUGCGCAGAGUCGCCAGGCUGAUAGAAGACCAAGAAUUGAAGGAAAAACUAGCGAGGUGUAAUUUUAAGACUGUCAAGGAUGUGCUUUCUUUGUCGCCACUGCAGCUUAUGUCCGCACUCCAGUUAAGUUCUGAAGAAUGCGAAGCUCUUUUGGAUCAGCUCUAUGCAUUAUGUGUUCCAAAGUACCAGUCGGCCUUUACCCUGAGCCAAGAAGAAGAAAAAUUCUCACUAUCUUUAGGAAGUAACCAACUUGAUGCAAUGUUGCAUGGUGGGCUUCAUGCUGGCACUGUGAUUGAAUUUGCAGGUCCAGCAGGAGUCGGUAAAACUCAAUGGUGCCUCCACACAGCUGUUCGGGCAGUGCUGUCUGGUGAAAGCAGUGGUCGGAAUACCUCAGUUAUAUAUAUCGACACGGAAACAGCAUUUAGGGCUGAGAGAAUUGUUGAGAUAAUAUGCAAGAGAUAUCCUGAAUCCGAGCCAAGAAUCUCCAAAUGUUUAUCCAAGAUCCUCCUCUACCAGCCAUCGACAAUCAGCAACUUGUCACAAAUAUUAGAAACCCUAGAGGUUACGGCAGUGGAAAAGGACACUGGGCUGUUGAUUGUGGACUCCAUAGCAUCCCUGGCUCGCAAGGAGAUGAUGGCGGGGUCGUCUGAGGCAAACAUAGCUCGGGUCAACCAGCUGGCGUCUUGGGCUGCGAGACUCAAGUCGAUUGCACAGCAGCUCAACAUAUGUGUUGUUGUUACAAAUCAGGUGACCAGUAGGUUUUUAGACAAAGAGCCCAUGAUCACAGGAGAAGGAAAUGAAGAGGAGGCUGAGACUUCUACAGGUGUCAAGGAGCAUAUGUAUUCUACACACAUAACACCGGCAUUAGGAAACACUUGGACACACUGUGUUAACACACGUCUCAUUCUGCAGUAUGAUGGAUCCAAUAGCAGACAGCUUAUAAUUGCGAAAUCACCUGUUGCCCCUUUUGCAGCGUUUGCCUAUGUUAUUGGAGCAGGAGGAAUUGAAAUCAAAGAGAACAGAACAUUUUACUCAUACUCUGGAUCAGAUCCUGGCCUACACAAAAUACAAGUGCAAAAGGGUGUUGCUUUGUAACUACAUUUGUAUUUUUAUCAGUAUUGUGAAUAUUAUAUUUUGCUGGUUAUACUUGUUUCAGAAAGAUGGGCUUUAUCCAUUAUAUUAAUAAAUGUGUAUAUUUUAAAUAUCAUAUUGAUAUUUAUGUAUUUUGUAAACUUUGUAAGAAAG